UGCUUGAUCGUAGUCGAUCAGUACUUAUCUGACUCGCCCAGUUCUGUCUAACUAAAAAGCAUCAUGACUCGGUUUCGCAGUAUUUUCUAUCUUUUUCUUGUGUUAACCAUUGCAUUUGAAAUUUUACCUUCACACGCCGAUAAUGCGGUACCUGUAUUGCUAUGGGGUGGAUCAGUUAAUUCUGAUUUAGCAAUAAGUGCAGUGAACCCAUUUUUAAAGACUACCAGCGAAGAAUUUGAUCUUUUUCUGCGCAAAAAGUUAGAAAAUUCUCCUCCAGUUCUUCUUUAUGUAAAAGAUAAUCUGUGCAUCGAAGAUUUAGUGCAGCACAAAGAGCAUCUUCAAAAGGUUGUUACUGGUGAUUCUUUGCGUUAUUUUCCUGCAGUUGAAAAAGCAGUGAAUACUGUUGAAGAUUUACCUUCAUACAAUCAAACAUACAAUGAUUAUGUGGAUUCAGUAUCUGAUGGACAAUUAUUGAUUGUGCCAAUUAGUAACUUAGAUAUUAUUCCAGAAACAUAUAAGACAAUAAAAGACUCCAGUCCUAAUUUAAUAGCUCUUCUCACAGGAAAAUCAUGUAGUUAUAGACGUUCUGAACGAAUAAAGAGAGAUACUCCUGGAAAGGAUGCUUCUAAGCAUUUUAUUGUUUCAUCGAACAGAGUGCUAUUAUAUUCUAGUCAACCAUUGUCAUUAAAGAUUGAAGGGAAAGAUGAAAUACAACUUCCACUUAAGCUUACAGCUAGUGAUGAACCAGGCACAAAAAAAUCUUCUGCUAAUUUAAUCCUGCUAUUUAAUGGAACUGAUGCAAAUAUUCUUAAACAUAAACUUGUAUUUAUGUUUGAAGUUAAAACUGCAGGAUAUUACACACUUAAAACAAUUAAUUAUUCAUAUUACACCAGCAAAAACACUCCUGACAAUGAACAGAGUUUAACAACAAAUAUAGAUAUUGUUUUUCCAUUUAAAUUUUCUUAUCAUUGUUCACAAAAUGUUAUGUUCAAGAAAGGUUCUACUGUCUUGAAAAUUGCUGAUUUACAAGUGCAACUAGAUGCACAACAGAAUAUCAACAAUAGCACAAAAGCAUUUAGUGAUGCAUAUGAUUGUGUUGGUUUUACUACAAUUCCAAUUUGGACUGGAAUAUUUGUUACUGCCAUAUUAGCUUUAAUUAUGAUUUGGGGUCUUGCUAUGAUCAUAGAUAUUCGUACAAUGGAUAGAUUUGAUGAUCCAAAAGGAAAAGCAAUUACUGUUUCAGCUCAGGAAUAAUAUAGUAAUGUUAAAUUGUUACAGAUAUUAUGUAUAUA